AUGCCGACGUCAGACUCGGAGAGGUCUGACACUGUGAUGGUUGGUCGUGACGAUGUUCACGACUACAAUGAAAACAACAUACUUCCGCUUCCCGCAAGCGACCUCAAGGCGAUCAGAGAAUGGCUACAGCCCACACCAUAUGAUGCCGAGAGGUCUGAGUUCUCAAGACACCUCGAAUCCUACCUAGCAGGUACCGGGAAGUGGCUAAUAUCCACAAACACAUAUCAAGAAUGGCAUUCGGGUGACACAAAUGGUCUUCUCUGGAUCAAAGGCAUACCAGGAUCCGGUAAAUCCGUCAUGGCUGCUUCAAUUAUCCAGCAGCUGCGUAAAGAGCAUGUUCCGGUGCUUCAUUUCUUCUUUCGACAAAUUAUUGACGCGAAUCACCAACCAGUGGCAGUCUUGCGAGACUGGCUAUGCCAACUUCUCCCCUUCAGCCCAGCUUUACAAGUCAGGUUGAAGGACGUCUAUCUUGAUAAGAGCCGCUCGAUUGAUAGUGUUUCUGUGAACGACAUGUGGAAAGACAUCCGAUUUGCUCUCUCCACCUUUUCUAAGGCAUACUGCGUCAUAGAUGCCCUGGACGAGAUGGAUCAGGGAAACAAGGACUUUUUGCAAGCUGUUGUCGAGCUGGGCCAAUGGCGCCCUGCAAAUAUCAAGGUCCUCAUUUCGUCUCGCCCGGUUGUCGCCGUGGAAUCCCCCUUAAGGCCAUUCUCAGUACCAUUUAUUCGACUGGACGAACAACUCGUUGACAUCGACAUUGCUGCGUACGUGCAGCACCGACUGCAAAACUCUUCAGUCCCCGAAGAACAUUGGAGCACUAUAACAGAGGCUGUUCCCGGUCGAGCGAAUGGUCUUUUCUUAUAUGCUAGGCUUUCGUUGGAUGCGUUCACGAAGCCUGGCGCUGAUCCCCAAGAUGUGCUCAAAAGGCUGCCGAAAGAUCUCAACGUGAUGUAUGACGAACUUUUACGCGAGCAUGCAAAGCGCUCAAAUGUUCCCGACAAUCUCCAGCUUCUGAUUCUUCAGUCUAUCACACAUGCAACGCGUCCUCUUCGGCUUCUAGAGGUUGCAGAAAUGAUUAAAGCUACUCACACCCCGCUUGAAAAAAGCAGUUUGAAGGAGAUCAAGAAUCUAGUAAGGGCUGCCUGCGGUCCGCUGCUUCAGAUCCUCCACGAUGAAACCGUCUCGGUCGUCCAUCACUCUUUCACGGAAUUUUUGAAGGGAAUGACUCGUACCGCUCCCCUGAGUGUUUCAGCCUACCCCAUUCUGGAGGCUGGACCGACCAACCAUCGUCUAGCCAUCGCAUGCUUGGACUAUCUCAUGUCUGGCUGCCUGGAAAACCUCGAGGUCAAGAAACGCAACAAAUACGAUGAUUUUUACCACCCCAAAAAGGCUGCGCACAGUGAACUGCGCCUGAGUUUCCCAUUUCUUGAAUACGCAGCCACCAAUUGGUAUAUCCACACUCGCCGCGCAGAAUUGGCCGGUGUAGACCUAUCAUUGUUUUUCUCGGUUCUUGAUGAAUUUGUUGCCAAAAAGAACAGAUUUGUCGCGUGGCUGGACAUUGACUGGCCCGUAUAUGCGAUCCAGGGUCUUACUCCCCUACACGCGGCUGCGAAGAGCGGAUUGUCUCAGUACACCGCGCAUUUGAUCCAAAACAACAACGCCGACCCAAAUGCCAAGUGUAAUAAGGGGGAUACGCCUCUCUUUUGGGCUGCUUCCAGUGGAUACGCAGAAGUUGCACAAAUUCUCAUUGAUAACGGGGCUGACCCAGACGGAGAAUGCCACGAAGGACUUAAACCACUCCAUGAGGCUGCUGGUAGUAACCGGGCUGAAGUCGUCAAAGUUUUGCUUGCUGCUGGCGUUGAUCCACUUACGCCAAAGACAAGAGAAGCGCCUGGAAUGCGCUGCGGCAAUGCACCAACAUCCGUUGGUCAUACCCCACUCAUGUAUGCCUGUAGCCGUGGGCACACCAAGGCAGUUGCCGAGUUCUUGCCCUAUCUUGAUGAUCAAAGUAUCAAAAGAGCGCUGUUUUGGCUUGCGGGCUCAGGACAUGCCGCCGGUGUUGCUUACAUUCUUGAGCACGCUACGGUGGACGUGAAUGAAACCCAGAAGCAAGAAACCCUGCUUUACAAAGCCUGUCUUAAAUCAGACCUGGACACAAUCAAGGUCUUACUCGCGGCAGGGGCAGGUCCCGAUAUCCUUUGCGCUUAUCCCUUAGAAGAGUUCGGCGGCAUCGGAUCUAACAUGCAUCGUCUAUAUCAGCACCCCAAGGCUGAAGGUGAGCCCAGAGGCUUCACCGCACUGCAUGCUCUGUGUGGGAUAAGUGGUCGGCACGACCGCCCCAAGUCGCCCUUGAAUUGUGUUUCAGCUAUCAUCGACGCCGGUGCGGAUGUCCAUAUCAAAUCUAAUGAUGGCAAAACAGCCUUGCACUUUGCCUGCGCCAACAAUAUCAGUAUUGUGAAAAUGCUGCUGGAGGCAGGGGCGGACCCUUAUGUCCAAGAUGACAAGGGUGACACAAUACUCCACACCGAUGGAAAGAAAGACAAGGAGUUGCUUCCCAUACUACAAGAGUCGGGACUUGUUGAUGUCAACAAGAUCAUGAUAGAGAGUAAUGGAGGGCCUUUAUUCUCUCGACUUUGGGGCAAUCAUCCCAAGUCAGCUCUCGAAUUCCUGAAAUUCAAAUUGGAUCUCAAUGUAAUCAGGUCAAAUGGAAAUGGUCCACUGCACAUUCUCUUCAAUGGACGAUCUUCCGAUCACGAUGAUGAUGUCCUUGAUGGGUUGUUAUCCGCUGGUGCUGAUCCGAAUCUCUGCAAUGACAAGGGUGAUGCGCCAUUGCAUUUGGUUGAACGCCAAGUCGGAAUUGAAACAAUCCAAAAGCUUCUCAAAGCUGGCGCAAAUAUUGAGAUCCGAGAUGCACUGGGUCAAACGCCGCUUUUCAAAGCCGUCACAUACUCACCCGCCUGGAAGGGCAAAAUUGAUCUUUUCAAGACACUGAUUGAGCAGGGCUCCCGGCUUGAUACGCGGGACAACGCGGGACGUACCUUGCUACACCAAGUCGUUGACAACAUUGAACGUUUAGAAGAGUUGAUACUUCUCAUGAAAUUCGACCCUUCCGUCGUGGACAAUGACGGAAAUACACUUCUUCAUGAGCUUGCUUCAAGAAAACAUAAACCCGAUGGCAAUGCAAUGUACGAACGUCUGAUAGAUUUGGGUGUUGACAUUGAGCAGCCUAAUUACCGUGGAAGGACAAUUCUGCACCAACUGAGCUCUCAAUCCUCUGACCGCAUGUCCCAUGCCAACACACACUUGGACUAUGUAAUCCAACACCACAAGAGCAAGAGCCCCAAAGACCUUGACGGAGUUCAGCCCUUGCACUUUGCCGCCGCUGUCUCCGAGGACAAUGUAUUUAAGCUUCUCAAUUCCGGGGCUGAUUUAUUCGGCGUGACAAAAGAAGGCAUGACCGUUCUUCACGUGGCAUCUCGGGCCCAAAACCCCGGGGCUGUCAGUCUCAUUCUCGCCAGACUUGUUGACCUCGAUGAUAAAGCUCGGAAGGCCUUCAUUAAUCUGAAAAACUCAGAAGGAAACGCGGCACUCCAUUUUGCCUGCAUCUCUGGUCGGCCUGAAACUGUCAACCUUCUGCUGAAUGCGGGCGCUGAUCCUAAUUUGCUGGGAAAGAGUGGAUAUACGCCACUGAGAGCAUGCGCUGAUUUCGAAGCCGAACAAAAACUAUGGUCAGUAGCGAGAAUAAAAGAUAAAACCAAAGCUCUCAAAAAGGCCAGCAUUGGGCUCACUGCAAUUGAGGCACGAUCGGCGGAAGAUGGAAAUGAUGAGCACCAAUGGCGCAAGACUCCUCUUUGGGGGCAUGAUUCAGAGUCCACGCGCCUAGGUGAAAUUCUGAAUGAUUUGGUCCUUCAUGGGGCACAAGCUACAUUGAACGACUCUCUCCGCGAUGCAUUACGUGAUUCUCUUUCAAAUCAACGCGACUAUACCACCGAAUGUUUGUUCAGCCUCCAGUCUCGCUUGUUUCCGAGCAUGGACCUUGUGGGAGAGUCACACAGUGAGAGCUUUGCACUCUAUAAGAGCCGUGUAGAGAGCGAAAGACUACUGUUGACUGAGAAAACCGAGGAUAAACAGCAACCCAAGAUGGGCCAAUCACUCAGUUACCGCCGAAUCGGUCAUAUGCGCAAGCUGUUGGGGUAUCGACAAUACGGUUUGUUGGAAGAAACGGUCACCGAAAAUGACACAUCUCUGCUAUGUUCCCAGAACAUUUCCAUUUUGCAUGCUAUUGUCAGUGCUGGUCUUUCCGAUGCCCUCGCCAAGCUCGGAACUCCAGAAAUUGCUCGAAAAUUCGACGAUCAUGAAUGGUGCGACCGCGCCGAGGAGGUCAACAAGAUCAACAGUAGUAGGAUCAAGCCGCUCCUCAUAGUCGCAUGCUCUCGUGAGCUACCAAAUAUGGAAGUGGUCCAAAUUCUUGUCGAAAAGAUGGGAGUCAACAUCAACACAAAAUGCAGGAAGCUUCGCUAUGAGACUGGAAGGGUGAAUACUAUUGCCGGAAAUGGCGUCUUACAUGAUCUUGCGGAAUGUCAGACAUGGUGGGGUGUUCACCAUGCUUUACCAUACCUUAUCAAGAAGGGUGCUGAUCUGGAACUGCGCAAUGGGGAUGGCGACACACCUCUGCAUGUUGCUUGCAGCCCCAUUGAUUGGAAGGGUGUGUUCUACAAGGAAGCAGUGAAGACUCUUCUGGACAAUGGCGCAGAUGUCAACGCUAUCAACUCCAAGGGGGAGACUUGCUUAUCGAAAGCUGGUACUGAUGUUGAACUGAUCAAAAUACUCUUGUCCUAUGGUGCCAAAGUCUCCGCUGCGGCCAUAAUCUCUGCGAUUGAAAGCGGCAAUGUUGAAUUAUUGGAGCAUUUCCUCUCCCAGGGCGAUCUAGCCAAUGUGAGAAGAGAUGACUUUGAAGAUCUUCAGCGAAAGGCACAUCCGUUUGAGCGUAUCAGAAUUCCAAAGGCCGAAGUAUACCCAUUGUUCCAUGCGGCAAUGAGCUCAUCCCCCAUAUCUUUCCCGGCUCCCAAAAUCGAUCUUGCCCCAUUCCGAUCACCUAUGAUGAGCCUGCUUCUUCAACAUGGAGCAAACCCAUACGCCACAUUUGUCCAGUUUCAUCGCGUGAAUCGCGAUUCUCCUGAUAGCGAUGAGGAGUCAGAGGGCUCCAAAGCGGGCCCAGCAGUGGAAUGGAAACCCGAAACUUGCACUGUCAUACACGAAAUUUUCAUGACAAGCGAUCACGUCGAGCCGUUACUUCAGCUUCCAUCACUCCAACUUGAAUCACGAGAUGACAAAGGCAGAACUUUGAUCCUUUGCACCAAUCGAACAUCUCGAAUCCAGAGUCUCAUCGACCGCGGAGCUGACAUUACCGCACAAGACAAAUCCGGCAAAACUGUCAUUCACAACCUCGUUACACGCCAGUCAAAUUUGGAAAUCACCAGUACCAUCAAAGCUCUUCUUUUCAAAGAGCCCCUUCUUGUGCACAUUGGUGAUAAGGCAGGCGAUACCCCGCUGCACUACGUGCUGAGAGAGGCAAGAAUAGACUUUAAACAUGUUAGUCUACUUCUUGAACACGGCGCAAACCCUUUGCAGCCAGACUCAGAUGGCAAUACGGCUCUCCAUUACCUUGCUACCCGGCCAUCUUCACACAAGGACCACAUCCAUCGGUUCAUGAAGUUAGGCGUUGACAUCAACUUCCGUAACAAGGAGGGUAACACUCCACUCUUCCAGUAUGUCUCGAAAGGUAAAUUGCGAAGUGGAGGCUUGUUCGGAUACAAGCGUUCGGCCGACCCAGACGACGACACCAAAAGCCUGCGAUUCUUGAAAGACCUUGGCUCAGACUUCUUUGCACGGAAUAAUGCUGGCAUGUCGCUACUUCAUGUGGUUGCCGGCAGGAAGAUUGAGAACGCCCAUUUCUCCCGUCUCAACGAUUCAAAAGAGCCCAUAGAGAAUCUUGUGCAGUGGUUUGAGUUCCUUCGAGCCACGGGCUUGGAUCCUAUGCUUGAAGAUUCUCAGCAGCGGACUUCUUUGGACUUUGCUGCAGCUUGUGGCAAUGAGCACAUUUUGAAGUUGUUUAAGCACAAGGAUGGUCGUGAGUAA